UUCUAAUGUAGUACAGUACUAUUAACUUUCAAUACCAAUAUGGCUUCUUCUUCUUCUACCACCAAAGUGUCUUUGAAGCUUCUUAUAGAUACAAAGAAUGAGAAAGUUCUCUUUGCUGAAGCUUCAAAAUCUGUAAUAGACUUUCUGUUCAAUUUGCUAUGCUUGCCAAUUGGCACCGUGGUUAAGCUCCUAAGCACAAAUGGCAUGAUUGGUAGUUUAGGAAAUCUGUAUCAGAGUGUUGAAAACCUCAACCAAAAUUGCAUGCAACCAUUUCAAACGAAGGAUGUCUUGCUAAACCCAAGAGCUCAAAGCUUUUCAACUGAAAUCUCAGGCUUCCUUACCCAGAAUGAAGACGUUGAUGACGAAGAUGAAGGAACUAAGUUAUACAUGUGUCCAAAUAAGUGUAAAUUUGAGGUAACAAAUGAUAACACAACUCGUUGUACUGCCCUGUCUGCCAAUGACCAUUCUCAUAUUUUUGGGUCUAGUCCAGUAUACUGCCCGAACACUAUGAGCAGUGAAGUUUCUUAUGUUGGAAAAAGGAAGGUUGCUAAAAAGAGAGUUUCCAAUAUUAAGAGUGGGUUUGUGAAAGAUAUUAUAAUUUUUAUGGUGAUGGAUGAUUUAGUGAUUCAGCCCAUGUCACACUGUUGAACAAAUUCAAAGUGAAAGAGAUUGAAACCUUGCAAGAAAAGGUUGUUGAGAUGGGAAUAGAUGAGGGUAUCAAGUUGCUAAAGGCUUCUCUGCAAUCCAAAAUGGUAUUGACAAGUGUUUUCCUCAAGAAGGAAAAUUGAUAUGCAAGGAAUAAUGUCUCAUUUAUCUUCAAAAUUAAUGUUAUGAAGUUAGCUAACAGAACAUGGGAUUUUGGUUUUCUUCUUCUUC